UUGAUUUUUUUUUUAACAAGAUAUUAUUCCGACAAAAAACAUUAAACUGACUAAAUGCUUUAAUGUCCUUUUCUCCACAGACUGUUGUAUCUCAUCCACGAGACACCAGAAAAAGUGUUGAUUAUUAUUAUGCCGUUGCUUUUAGUCCGAAUUUAAAUGGAUGUGCAAUUUUCAAAAAUUGGAAUGCUGCUUCGUCUUCUUGUAUAGAUAGCAGAACGGGGCGUCCCUUCCCGAAUGUACGUUUUCAAAAAUUUAAAACGUUGAAUGAAGCCAAUUCUUUUGUAGAUCGCUAUAAAAGAUGCGAAAAAAAGAAACCUAUUCAAUUUUCUACUGACACAGUGCAAAGAAAAAGAACCAGUGAAUUGAUACAUGUUAAUGAGUCGAAAAGAAUUAAAAAAAGUCUUGGCAGUGAAUCACUACAAGAAAACGGAACAAAACAAAACGUAACAAAAACGGAUGACUUUGUGCAUAUUUAUACAGAUGGUGCAUGUUUAAAUAACGGAAAACCAGGGGCUAAAGGAGGUUACGGAAUAUACUUUGGAAAAGAUGACUGUCGCAAUAAAUGCGGUCCUUUACCGAAAAAUCAUUUGCCUCACACAAACCAGCGAGCUGAAUUACUUGCUAUUUUGUUAGCAUUGCGUACAGUACAAAAAGAUACGCGUUGUGUCGUCAUUCAUAGUGAUUCCAAGUAUUGUUUACAAUGCAUUGAAACAUGGUUACCGAAAUGGGAAGAAAAUGGAUUCCUUACCAGUAAAAAAACAGGUGUAAAAAACUUGGAUCUUAUACAAGAAAUUGAUUCCCUUAUAAAGAAAAGAGGAAAUUCCAAAUUUUUUUUUCAAUUUGUCCGCGGCCAUAAAGGAAACGUUGGAAAUGAGGCAGCAGAUAAAUUAGCUCAUAAGGGAGCUUUAAUGGCAUAGUUAGCAUUUACCUUCAUUUUUUAGUUAAAUGUCAAACCAAUCCAAAGUUAGCUUUUUAAAACAAUUUGAUAGAAAAAUGUUUCAUAAAUAUUUUUUUUUUAAUUGUUUUUUCACGUGACGCAUUUUUACGUGAUUCAUACUACCUUUCUUGUUAUACUUAAUAACACAACUGAAAAUGGAAAACUUUCUUUUC